GCUGAUGCGUCAACCGUCCUAGCCCGACUUCGAGUGCAAGGAUUAGCCAAACCAGUUCGAUCGAUAUGUCAUCUGAACCGGUACGCUCAUCAGCGUGGCCCGCUGCCCAGCAAGUUGGUCCUCGACAAGAGGCGCCGCGACUAACCUCCCUCUCCUCUCUACAGGUGCACCCAUUGCGCAUCGCGAAGGGCACGCCAGCCUCAUCACCGCCAAAGACGACGUCGUCGACGUCCAACCUUCCCCAGCCCCGCCCCCUUUCUGAACUCUCUCCCACGGAAAGGAGACGCAAUUCUCCUAGCUGGAACCAAAUGUCUCCUACCAAGAAGUCGACGCUCAGCAAUGACUCGUCUCCAUUCCAGUCCUCACCCGCCGACUCGGUGACAUCGCCGCGAGUCUUCUGGCAGAACCGGAACUCGGAGAACAUGUACGGCACCGGCUCGCCCUCGCCUACGCGGCGCUCCUCGAUCGAGCGGCUCCAGAAGGCCUCCCGAGUCAAAAACAGCAACAUCAAGGCGCUGGAGCAGAAGCAGGAAUACGACCCGACCCGGCUUCCCCAGAUCGAGAGACCCUUGGCCAAGCCGCCGAACAGCGUCUUCGCUUUCCCGAAAACCGGCUCCCCUGGCCCGUACGCUGCUGAUGGAGACAAGUCUGCACCCAUGAGUCCAGCAAAGUCGGACCACUCCGGUCCCAGCACGCCCAGAGGGCCCAGUAAAGACCAGGCCUCGCCUACAAAAUCAUCACUAUCGCCAUCCAAGUUCAAGAGCAGCUUCGACCACGAGACGGGCACGUGGUCUGCAGACGCAUCCGCCGUCGACGGCUCGCCCAGCGGCCGCUCCUCGCAUCGCCACACGAAGAGCGUGACGUUUGACGCUGCGCCGCCCCAGAUCAACGAGUAUGAGAUGGCCACUCCGGAUCUCUCUUCCAUCGGAACGAAUUCGCGCGAGGGGAGCUAUGACUCCAUGGAAGAGGACGAGGAGGAUGAUGAGGAUCUUCUCUAUGAGGGCGGGCACAUGGGUGGUGAAGAUGAGAGUUUCGAUGCGUCGCUGGAGGAUACGGACAAGACUCCAGUCGUCGGCCCCGAUGACUGGGCAAGGGACAGUUCUCUGAUGAACCACGAGCAGGAAGAGUAUGAUGGAAGUUCAAUGCCCGACGGCGCUCCAGGAGCAGUUGGUUCUGGCCGCCUGUCCAUGGGUAGCGCCAGGGGUGACUCUCUGGGCUCUGUCGCGGAGAAUCGCCCUCUACCCCCUCUCCCUGGAGGCCAUGGCAGAAGCCAAUCUACCGGCUCAGUGCCCUCUUCCCCGUCUCUCUCUCAGAAUCCGGACAAGACGGCGGGCUCGCACAGAAGCUUGCCCGUCCCACCCCCAGCCUCGGCCACAAAAUCCGAUAUCGAAAGCUUCAUCACGGGCAAGAUGUCACUUGAAGAAAGACUCAAGCUCAUGAUGCUGUCCGAUGAUAACAGCGGUAAGACCGCUGCCGAACAGCAGCGGGAGAGACGCCUUCGACGAAGUUCCGGACGCAGUCGAAGCUCACUGUCUCGCGACGAUACGCUCAACACCGUUGAUACCCACGACAGCCAGAUCGCCCUUGACGCCCAGCACGACGAGGAGGCAGAGCCUCAUGAAGAAGACGACAAUAUCGGCGACAUGUCUGGACUGGGGGAUUAUCAACUGCCGCAGCCCUUAUCCCGUGAAGCCAUCAUGAAGCGUGUCAACGGCAACAAGAUCAUGGCAGAUCGCGAGUCGGAAUAUAACUUUUCUUCACCGCCCGGCAGCCCCCUUCGGGAGCAGCACUUUAAUCUCGACCCUGAUGUUCCCAUACCAUCGACCGAGGACUCUCUGAUGGGCGACGAGGAGGACGAGGAGGAGGAUGAAGGCGAUGAUAACUACGACGAACAUUACGACGACGAGGACGAUGAAGACCCCGUGGAGAGUAGCGUCAUCAUCCACCGGGUUAUUCACGAAGACGACUCCGAGCUCGACAUGUACGACUCCGAUUACGACGACGAAUAUGACGACGAGCUGGACGGUUCACACUUCGAGUCGGACGAUGAUUUGGAUGCUUCGGGAUCUCACUACGGCGGCGACGAUGGCCACUACGCAGAGGCCGAGGUGAAGGCUGACCAGGCCGAGAAGCCCGUGGCCGAUGCUGCCAAGGAGCCCGCCAAGGAGUCUGUCAAAGAACUGUCGCCACCGGAGCAUGACCUCACCGAUGAGGUGCUGACUCCGCGAGCCAUUUCGCCAGCGACAAGCAAAGCCGACACGCAUACAGAGGCCGAGUCUAGCAUGAUCAGCGAGUCAAAUGCGUCGGUUUCCGAUCUGGAUUCGGAUGCCACUCCCGAAGCCACCCUUGAGCCCUCAACCCUCGAGCCGUCUGUCCUCGAGGAUUCUGCUCUCGAACCUGCUGCGCUUCAGCCAGCUGCUCCCGAGCCCACUCGCGAGGUGUCGGCGGAGAUUCUCCGGACAAAGACUCCAGAGAAACUACUCCCAAAGCCCGAGUAUGACGGCACUGGCUGGGGCGAUGAUUCGUACGAAGAUAGAACAGGGACUCCCGAUUCGGUCAUCCACAACCCGGUGUCCGAUGACGAAGAUGAGACCAUGGUCAGGGAUUCUCCUGAAAUCCCCGAAAGACUCGCGACCAUCAAGGCUUCCGGUUCCAAGCUCAAGACGAGGGUUUCCAACACGCCUUCAGACAUCGUGGCCAUGCGGGAGGCUCGCAGACACGUCAGCGGCGAAAUACCUAGUGUCCCCUCAAUCCCCAGCAAGCAUCGCGCGCUCAUGUCGAGAGAUGGCAGCGAACUUGAGAAUGACAGUUUCCUGGCUCGACAUCCUAGCUUUAAGAACCGGAGUCUGACGCUGGACCUGGACAUGGGCCUCAGCUUGGACAAGGACUUUGAACGCGUCAUUGAAACACAAAAGGUAGCUUUCAGUCAUUCCUUUGUUGAGACAGCACAGAUGACCACCAAUGACACCCACUCUUUGCCUCGACAAGUGUCGAGAGACCAGCUCACCUCACCAGCCCAGAACCAACUCGAUACUAACAUUACGUCUCGUCCCCAGCGCGGAUAUCUCAUGCGACAAAACACCAAGCUCGUGUCGGCCAGCGACAAGGACGCCGAAGAUCCCUGGAAAGGACGGUCCGCGAACAACUCGCCCAUCAAGACGAACCGCCCCCAAUCGUGGACUGUCGAGCCGUGGAACAGUCAAACUCGUCGCAGUAUUCGAAAGGGCCAGCCGGUACUGAGCCCGGUGCCACCGCUGCCGGGCCAGGAGAGCAACUCGACGACGCUGAACAAGGUUGUUGAAGAAGACUAUGCCGUUGAUGCAGCCGGUCCGGAGGCGGGUGAGAGGGGCCGCCUGUUCGUCAAGGUCAUUGGCGUCAAGGACCUUGACCUGCCGAUUCCGAAGAGUAAGUACCUGAACACGUCCUUUUUUUUCCCCCUGCUUUAUGAGCGCAGCUGGUUUAGCCUGACGCUGGACAACGGCGUGCACUGUGUGACGACAGCUUGGCUGGAAUUGGCUCGCAACGCACCCAUCGGGCAGGAGUUUGAGCUCGUCGUUCCCAAUGAUCUCGAGUUCCAGCUCACGCUAAACGUGAAGCUGGAGAAGCCGACAUACUCCAACGUGCAGCCCGCGGCUGUCAAGAUGGCGAAACCCAAGACGUCAACCUUUAGCCGGGUGUUUGCGUCUCCCAAGAAGCGCAAGGAGCUUGAGCUCCAAAAGAAGGCGGAAGAGGAGCGUUUUGCGCAGCAGCAAAAGGAAGCCCUGGCGCGAAAGCGUAAGGAUGCUGGUUCGGCCUAUGAGCUCCUGUCGCCGCUGGCUGCCGAGGACGGAAGCUUUGCUCGAGCGUACAUCUCCCUGAAGGAGCAUGAGAACCGGUGCUUUGGUCGGCCGUACACGGUCGAGGUUGUCUGCUUCAACGAGUGGGCCACCGAGGAGGAGAGUUUCGCCUCGACGAUCAAGAGUAAGCGCGGCAACGCAGCUGGCAUCCUCCGAAAGGCGCCGUACAAGAUCGGGAAGCUGGAGCUUCAGCUUCUGUUUGUACCUCGCCCCAAGAACGUGACAGAUGACGACAUGCCCAAGAGCAUGAACUCGUGCAUCCGGGAGCUCAAGGCCGCCGAGGAGAGGCUGGCCCGCAACUGGGAGGGUGUCUUGAGCCAGCAGGGUGGUGAUUGUCCCUACUGGCGCCGUCGAUACUUUAAGCUUGUUGGCACCAAGCUGACGGCUUACCACGAGGCUACCCGCCAGCCUCGAGCGACGAUCAACCUCUCCAAUGCCAAGCGAUUGAUUGAUGAUCGCAGAACAUUGAUGGAGAAGGAGACGACUGGCAAGGGGGGCAAACGUCGUAGGUCUGCCUUUGCUGAGGAAGAAGAGGGGUACAUGUUUGUGGAGGAGGGCUUCCGCAUCCGGUUCAACAACGGCGAGGUAAUUGACUUCUACGCCGAUACACGCGAGGACAAGGAGGGCUGGAUGAAGGCGCUCUCCGACGUCAUCGGCCGUGGUGAUGCCGGACUGGAAGAAGAUGCCAGUGGAGUGCGAUCGCGGGCGAAGUGGUGCGAGCUCGUCUUCAAGCACGAAGAGCAGAUUCGACGCCGAACGGACAGCCGCCGAGUGCACUCGCGGACAAGGAGCACGUUCAACUAA